AUUUAGACCUGGAUUGAGGAUUGGCACAGCACAGAGAUCGUCAGUUUAUUUCUGCUUCAAAAAAAAAAAAGUCUCACAAAGUCACAGACACGCAGUCGCGAGCUAUAAGCUUUGCCAACAUGAAGAGCAGCAGGCAGCUGGGGCAGCAGCAGGAGGAGGAGCUGGACCUCGAGCUCAGCCUCCUCCCCGGCGACUCGGACACGGAGCCGCCCGGCUUCUUCCGCUGCGCCUACUGCAACCGCAAGUUCUACACCUCGCAGGCGCUCGGCGGCCACCAGAACGCGCACAAGUACGAGCGCACCCUCGCCAAGCGUCGCCGGGAGAUCGCCGCCGCAAUGCGCGCGCACGGGGCCGCGCCCGUGGUGGGCGCCUGGGUCGACGCCGCCUUCAGGACCGGCGGCGACGCGGGGCGCGACAUCGGCGUCGCCGCGGGAGCUGAGCCCGACGGAGCGAGGCCGCGGCUGGAAGACGCUCUGGCGCCGGAAAGAUCGUCUCGCCUGCUGCUGCGGGACAAGAAGGGCUCGUCGGAGUACGGCGGUGUCGAGCACGCCGGCGAGCUGGACUUAUCCCUCAGGCUAUGAUCGAUGGACCUCUGAUCUCUCCCGCGGCGCCCCUCAAGUCUCCGUGAUCGAUUUGCUUGGUUAAUCUAUCCAGUCUGCAUGCUUGCCAGAGUUUUUUUUCUUGUUCUUUUGGAUGGGUGCAAUACAAGUACUAAGCUCUUUCUUAGAUUCACAGUGAUCUUGCAUAUAAAAGUUGAGUUUCUCUCCUUGGAUACAGAAUUACAGAUAUACUCCCUCCGUCCAAAAUAGUAAUCAUCCUAGGAAUUCUAAGAUAAAUUAACAAGAGUAAAAUGAUCAUAUUUGCCUCUAUAUAUUAUCCAUAUUUAGCACUAAUUAAUUUUUGUAUGUACACGCACUUUCUAAAUAGAGUAGGGUGACUUAUUUUUUGGAUAAAAUUUGAAUUCCAGAAUGACUAGUAUUUUGAGACGGAGGAAGUACAGCUGAGUUUGUAUAAUAGGAUUUCUUGGCAACACUCGAUCAUCCGUGGAGA